UGCUUGCUCAGUCUUACUACAAUUCACCAAGGUGUUUGUCUUUUCACCUGGCAGUUGCUUUCUGAAUCGCGAACAAGAACGUACCAUCAUUACACUCUCUCUCCUCAAAGUACCAUCAAAUCAUCAACGUGUUAUCUUUACAAAAAAAAAUAUACAAAAUAAAUAAUACCUGAAACAUAAUUUAAAACGAAAAUUAAUCAUAAAGUGAAAGAAAUAAUUUUUUUUUUUUUAAAUAUAAACAUUAACAUUUGUGGUAUAAAAAUGUUUGAAAAAAAAAUUUUUAAGUGAAAACAGCAUUUGCUGAAUGGAUCAACAAAUUAAACAGCAGCCGGUGAAAUUCGGCUUGCGAUUAUCAUCAGUGCACCCUGACACAAAUAAUGUUUUUUUCCUUUUAAAAUAAAUAAAUUUAAAAUAUAUUUUUUUUAUCAUUUUUUUUACAUUUAUUAUUUAAACAUAUAUGCAAGCGACAUUGCACAGUGUUUAUUUGAGCUCAAGGAAGCGUUGCAGUGUAACGAGAAUAGAUAAAAAAAAAAAAAAAAUAUUGUGUAGACUUGAUUUGAAAAAAAUACAUUUGUUUUUAUCUACUUGUUGUAUUUUUUAACAAAUAUAAAGAUGGAUACUGUACUGGAAAAAAUGGGCAAACUCAAUUUGAGGAUUCCUAGCUGUCCUCUGAAGAGUCCACAACCGUUAAAGGAAUUUGUUGUCAACUGCCAAACAAUGCCAUCCAGAGUAAAGAAAUCAUUUUGUGGCUGUCUUCAGGCCAAUUUUUAUUUGCAGGAUGAUGAACCACCGGAAAUAACAUAUUGUGUUGUUGAACAAACUGGUACAUUAACACUACAAGCAAUGACACCAACAUUACCAAUGCCAGCUGAAGAAGAAUUAAAUAAAAUGUUUUUAGAACUUGUUGAUGAGCUAGAUUUAACACAAGCUAAUAGACAAGCUGUACUUGCACUUCCAGCAAAUAAAAAAUGGCAAAUUUAUUGUUCACGUAAAGGUAAUGAUACACUUGAUAAUGGUGGUUUACGUACAACUGAUCUCAGUGGUGAUCCUGAAGAUUACAUCAAUAGAAUUAAAGUUAUUGCUGAUGCAACAUUUAAUGAAGAUAAUGAAGAAUUAUCAAAUCAUAUGAGACAAGUUGAAGCAUUAAAAACAGCAUUAAGAACACAACCACAUAGUUUUGUUCUUCGUUUUAUUGAACUUGAUGGUCUUAAUGCAUUAUUAAAAGUAUUGGGAACAAUUGAUGUUGAAGCUGCACACAGUUAUCUUCAUACAAGUGUUAUUGGAUGUUUAAAAGCACUUAUGAAUAAUUCUAAUGGAAGAGCUCAUGUACUUGCACAUCCAACAGCAAUAAAUACAAUAUCACAAUCACUUGCAACUGAAAAUAUAAAAGCUAAAAUAUCUGUACUCGAAAUACUUGGUGCUGUUUGUCUAGUACCAGGUGGUCAUAGAAAAGUUCUAGAAGGAAUGUUACAUUUUCAACAAUAUCAUUAUGAACGUGCACGUUUUCAAAGUAUAAUAAAUGAUUUAGAUAAAAAUUUUGGUAUAUAUAAAGAUAAUUUAUCACUUAAAACAGCAAUAAUGUCAUUUAUAAAUGCUGUAUUAAAUUAUGGUCCUGGACAAGUUACACUUGAAUUUCGUUUACAUUUACGUUAUGAAUUAUUAAUGCUUGGUAUACAGCCAAUUAUUGAAAAAUUACGUAAAUAUGAAAAUGAAACACUUGAUAGACAUUUAGAUUUUUUUGAAAUGGUUAGAAAUGAAGAUGAAAAAGAAUUAGCAAGAAAAUUUGAAAAAGAACAUGUUGAUACUAAAAGUGCAACAGCAAUGUUUGAUUUAUUGCGAAGAAAAUUAAGUCAUACACCAGCAUAUUGUCAUUUAUUAAGUUUACUUGAACAUUGUUUAUUAUUACCACUUGAUUAUGGUUCAUAUCCACAACACUGGUUGCUAUUUGAUCGUAUUGUACAACAAAUUGUAUUACAAACAGAUAAUAAUAAUGAAAUAACAAGAAAUCCAGAUGUUGCACCAAUUAAUAUUAAUGUUAAAGAAAUUAUUCAUUUACUUGCUAAAGAAGAAGAAUUAGUUGCUGCUAGAAAACGUACUGAUGAAUUAGAACGUGAAAAUACAGAUAUGUCAACAAAAUUAUCUAAAAAAGAACAAGAAUUAGAUUUAAGAAGCCAAGAAAAAGAAGAUAUUGAAGCAAGUUUAAUGAGAAUUAAAGAAAGACUUGAAAAAGAAACAUCAAUGCAUAUUGAAACAAAACAAAAAAUAUCAGAAUUUCAAGAUACCAUUGAGACAUUAUCACGACAAAUUAAUAAUGAAAAAUCAGAAAGAAAAAGACUUGAAAAAUUAGUUGCAUCUGGUAGUUUACCAGAUGAUGCUAAAGCAACAAUUAAAAUUGUCGAUGAUGAAUUAAUGGAUAAUGUUAAAUCAUCAUCAUCACCACCACCACCUCCACCACCUCCUCCACCACCAAUAGCACCACCACCACCACCACCGCUGCUAUCAUCAUCAUCAUCAUCAUUAAUACCAUCAGCACCACAACCAAAAGAAGUAUUUAAAAAUGUUCCACAACCAAGUAAUCCAUUAAAAUCAUUUAACUGGUCAAAAAUACCAGAACAAAAAUUACAAGGUACAAUAUGGUCUGAAUUAGAUGACACUAAAAUAUAUAAUGUUAUGGAUUUAGAAACAAUUGAUAAAAUUUUUUGUGCAUAUCAAAAAAAUGGUGGUACAAUACCAACUGAAGGAUCAAUUGAAGAUCUACGUAAUUUGGGUAAAAAUAAAAAAACAAUGUCUGUUAUUGAUGCAAGAAGAGCACAAAAUUGUACAAUAUUAUUAUCAAAAUUAAAAAUGAGUGAUAAUGAAAUAACAAGAACAAUAAUAUCAAUGGAUCAACAAAAUAUAUUACAUAUUGAUAUGGUUGAACAGUUAUUAAAAUAUAUACCAUCAUCUGAAGAAGCUGCACUUCUUGAUAUGAAUCAAAAAGAAUUACAAAGUCGUGCUGAUUGUUUUCUCUAUCAAAUAUCAAAGGUACCACAUUAUGAACAGCGUCUUCGUUCACUUCAUUAUAAGAAAAAAUUUUCAGCAAGUAUAUCAGAGCUAACACCAAGAAUGCGUGCUGUAUUAGAAGCAAGUAGACAAGUUGCUAGAUCACGUAGAUUAAGAAAAUUACUUGAAUUAGUACUUGCACUUGGUAAUUAUGUAAAUCGUGGUAAUGCACGUGGUAAUGCAUAUGGUUUUCGUUUGGCAUCAUUAAAUCGUCUUGUUGAUACAAAAUCAUCAUGCUCAAAAGGCACAACAUUACUUCAUUAUCUUGUACAAAUAUUAGAAUCACGUUUUCGUGAUGUAUUAGAAAUUGAAGAAGAUAUGCCACAUGUUAGAACAGCAGCACGUGUUAGUAUGGCUGAUUUACAAAAAGAAGUUGCUAAUUUAAAAAAUGGAUUACAAGAUGUACAAAGAGAAAUUGAAUUUCAUCGUGGACAAGUACAAGUAUUACAAGGUGAUAUGUUUCUUCCAUCAAUGAGAGAUUUUCAAGCACAAGCAACAUGUAGACUUGCUGAAGCUGAAGAUUUAUUUCAAGAUAUGAAAACAAGAUUUGACAGAGCUGUUAGAUUAUUUGGUGAGGAUUCAGCUGGUGUACAGCCAGAUGAAUUUUUUGGUAUAUUUGAAAAUUUUUUACAAGCAUUUGCUGAAGCAAGACAAGACGUUGAAAAUAUGAGAAGAAAAAUUGAAGAAGAUGAAAGACGUGUUAAACAAGAACAAGAACUUAAAAAACGUACAAUGGAAAGAAAAAAUUCACGUGAAGGUUUAUUAAAUAAUAUAUCAAUUAGUAAAAAGAAUGAAGUCAAUGGUAAUAAUGGACAAGUUGAUAAUAAAGGUGAAUUUGAUGAUUUAAUAUCAGCAUUGAGAACUGGUGAUGUAUUUGGUGAAGAUAUUGCUAAAUUUAAAAGAUCAAAACGUCGACCAGUUACCCCAAGUGGUGCACAAGAUCCACGUCGGCAUAAUGUUAAUCGAGAAGACUCACGAGAACGUCACUAGAUGGAACAGCUUGUAUUUCAAACAGCUUUUUUGCUUUACGCUCUUUUUUUUCUCUCUGUCUUUCUUUCUCUUUACCAUUUCGAUUUCGAUUUCGAAAUUAUUAUCAUCAGCAGCAGCCGCAGCCAAGCUGUAUACUUCCACAUUGAGAUUUUUUUUUAUUUUUUCUUUCAAACAUGUAUAAAACUCUAUGACGAAUGAUCACUUGAUAUUAUUUAAUUUAUAUUUAUAAAUAUGCAUAUUUUUUUGAUAAUUUUUGAAUAUUUAUAUUCAUUGAUUUUAGUGCCAAGAUUAUUUUUUCUUUUUUUAUUUUAUUCAACAGCAUUAUUAUUGAGUUAUUUAAAAAUUAAAAAUUCAUAAAAAUUCAUACUGUCAUUCGUUAUUUUAUUGGGUAAAAAGUAAAUAGAAAAAAAAAUAACUAAAGCCAGAUGAUUGUGAUAAAAUUAACAACAAAAAAAAAAAAUUAAAAAUUAAAAAAACUAAAAUUAUAUGUUUGCAGUGCAAUAUAUACAGCAGAACUGAAAAAUUGAAUGACAUAAAUUAUAUCUUAUAGAAAUAUAUAUAAUGAGUAAAAAUAAUAACUCACUGGAAUUUAAAUAUUUAUAAAAAUAUAUAGGUAUAUAAAUAAAAUAAUAUGCAUGUAAAUGAGCAAGCUAAAAAAACAAGUAUUCAAAAAUCUAUAUAAUCAUCAGAUUUUCAAUUUACGUUGUAUAUAAAAGUCAUCAUAAUUACAUUCACAUUUAUUAAUUAUAAUUCAAUAAUAAUUUUUAAUUUUUCACUGGUGAAAUAAAUUUAAAAGACAAAAUUUUGUAAUUUAUAUUGUCAAAAGUAAUUGACACAAAAAUAAAAAUUAAUUAAAUCUAUCAAAUUGAUAAAAAAUGUUUUCUAAAAAGUAAAAAUAUAGUAUACGUAUCAACGAAUUAAAAAAAAAAAAAGAAGCCUAUAAUAGACAGUGGAUAAACUGUCUUAAAAAAAAUACGCAAAGUCUGAUUUUAAUAACUUUUUAUUAUUCCUCAUUUUGAUAAUUAAUAUUGAUUAAUUAAAAUAAUACUUACAACUGUUAAAACACCACUCGAAUGACAUCGAAGAACUGAUUUUUUCAGCUACUCAUAUUUUUUUUUUUUUUCAUUGGAAUAAU